AUGGUCAACACUCAGAGGAUCGGCGGGCCCGGGCUUCGCAAUGCUAUUGUCCGGCAUAUCCCUUUAUACGGUCAAGAUGCAGCCCCUGUGCAAACUAUCAGCAUCGCAGAAAUCAUGGACAGUCUUUUUCUGCGCCCCCCUGGUCAGCCCCGGGAGCCGUUUCGCUUCUGGUCGUCUGGCCCUCGCCCAGCUCUCCCUUCAGUUUCACCUACCCUCGAUCCCAGUGCUAUUUUCGACUCCUGGGAGCCCCAUAGUUGGCGAUCAAGAAGUGCCUGCCAGGGGUUGGUUAACCCGAAGAUCAAGGCCUACCUUAUAGCCCCUCUUCCAGCCUGGAUGAGCUUCGAUGAUUCCCCGUUGAAUGAGCCGGAGGAUUCCGACGACAUCCUGCCCCAGUGGUAUUACCCUCCGCGGGUGGUCGCCACUGUCUGUAGUGGGGCCGGCCCUAGGACUACAGGCGGGCAGCCUCAAUCGGCGGGAGCAGAGCUCCUGCACCCCCUGGAUGCUCAGUGCUCUCCGGACAAAACGGAUGAUGAAGAAGACGAAAACGGCGACGAAAAGUGCCAACAUUCUCCGGCAAAGGGGGUGAGCACCCCCAAGCCCCCGAUCUUGCCGAUCGCAAUGCACCAUCUCGCCGAUAUCAUCCUCCUGGAGGCCAUGGACAACUACCGUGGGAGGGCUAAGGACCAAACAUCGUGUCAAGAAGCGCGACAUGAAAACGUCACGGGUGAUCAGACAGAAAGCAGGAGCAGCAUCUUGGAUGAUGACGCGGCAAGCGAGCACUGGGUCGAGCUCACAGACAAAGCUAGCCUGCUUGAUUCGGACGAGGAAGCGAAGACAGAGCAGGUUGAGCCGGAGUGGGUGAUGGUUGAGGCAGCAUAA